UCGCGGGCCGUCCGGCGCGUCACGUGACGGGUCGGCGGCGCUGGCGGUUGCUGUCAGCUGAUUCCCCGGUUGGUGGCAGCGGCAGCCGUGGCGAUGGACUUUCUCCUGGGGAACCCGUUCAGCUCUCCGGUGGGACAGCGCAUCGAGAAAGCUACAGAUGGCUCCCUGCAGAGCGAGGACUGGGCCCUCAACAUGGAGAUCUGCGACAUCAUCAACGAGACCGAGGAAGGUCCCAGAGAUGCCUUCCGAGCAGUGAAGAAGAGGAUCGUGGGCAAUAAGAACUUCCACGAGGUGAUGCUGGCUCUCACGGUCUUAGAAACCUGCGUCAAGAACUGCGGGCACCGCUUCCAUGUGCUGGUGGCCAGCCAGGACUUCGUGGAGGGCGUGCUGGUGAGAACCAUCCUGCCCAAGAACAACCCGCCCACCAUUGUGCACGACAAGGUGCUCAACCUCAUCCAGUCCUGGGCUGACGCGUUCCGCAGCUCACCCGAUUUGACAGGUGUGGUCGCUGUCUACGAGGACCUGCGGAGGAAGGGCCUGGAGUUCCCGAUGACUGACCUGGACAUGCUGUCACCCAUCCACACGCCCCAGAGGACUGUUUUCAAUUCGGAGACACCAUCAGGACAGAAUUCUGCGGGCACUGACACCAGUCAGCGAGGGGACUCUGGCCAGCACACUGCCCUUCUGUCCACCCCAGCCGUGCUCCCCAGUGACGCACCCAUAACGCCAACCCCUGAGCAGAUUGGGAAGCUGCGCAGCGAGCUGGAGAUGGUGAGCGGGAAUGUGAGGGUGAUGUCAGAGAUGCUGACGGAGCUGGUGCCCACCGAGGCAGAGCCCGCAGACCUGGAGCUGCUACAGGAGCUCAACCGGACGUGCCGAGCCAUGCAGCAGCGGGUCCUGGAGCUCAUCCCCCGCAUCGCCAACGAGCAGCUGACGGAGGAGCUGCUCAUCGUCAACGACAAUCUCAACAACGUGUUCCUGCGCCACGAACGGUUUGAACGGUUCCGAACAGGCCAGAGCGCCAAGGCCCCAAGUGAGGCCGAGGCGGCGGCUGACCUGAUGGACAUGGGCCCUGACCCAGCAGCCACCAGCAGCCUCUCGUCCCAGCUGGCGGGAAUGAACCUGGGCUCCAGCAGCGUGAGGGCUGGCCUGCAGUCUCUGGAGGGCUCUGGCCGCCUGGAAGACGAGUUUGACAUGUUUGCGCUGACACGGGGCAGCUCGCUCGCUGACCAACGGAAAGAGGUAAAAUAUGAAGCCCCCCAAGCAACGGAUGGCCUGGCUGGAGCCCUGGAUGCGCGGCAGCAGAACACCGGAGCGAUGGGAGGCAGCAGCGAGAGGAGCCUCAGUGACUGGAUGGUGAGACAAGGCAUGAUCCCCGUCACCCAGGCCUGCCUCAUGGAGGACAUCGAGCAGUGGCUGUCCACUGACGUGGGGAAUGAUGCCGAAGAGCCCAAGGGCGUCACCAGUGAAGAGUUUGACAAGUUCCUGGAAGAACGGGCCAAAGCGGCCGAUCGGUUGCCCAAUCUCUCCAGCCCCUCCGCCACAGGGCCCCCGGGACCCCCUCCUGGCGCCGCCCCUCGAAAGAAGACCCAGGAGAAAGAUGACGACAUGCUCUUUGCCUUAUGAGUGUGGGGUCUGGCACCCUGCAGCCCAGGCCACCCUGCUCCCACGCUCCUUGGCUGGGGCCCCUCUCCCUCCUUCGGUGUUAAGGCUGCUUUGGGGGCGGCUUGUUCCCCCUUCUCUCUUCCUCGAGGGUGGAGCUGACCCAGCUGCCGCUGGCUGUGCCGCCUGGGGGUGUGGGGAGACCGCCAGAUGAAUUGUGGGAACAGGUCAGCUCUCCACUGGGAUCCUGGCCACUCCUGCCUCCUUCCCCACCCCACCUGACCACUACGACUUUGCUGAGACUGAGGCCCAGGUGACCCUCGCUGGACCAUCCCCAGAGGAGCCCUCUGCAGAGCCACCUUGCCAGUCGAGGCCUGGCUGGACGCUGGAGACAGCAGAAGCUUCUGGCACAGCCUCUGGUCACUCCGUGCCCCUACCUCACGGAGCCCAAAGGCUUUGGCCAGCUGAUGGGGGCAGGGUGUGUGGCCCUCUGCUGAGCUGCACAUGGUCCAGGUACGAAGCUGCACAUGGUGGGGCGAGAGCACAGCAGCCCCAGGCUGCCUGAGGAGGCCCGGGACGCCUGGAACACCUGCGGCCCCACCACCUCCUCCACAGCCUCCUGCUCCAGCCCUCUUCUGUUCCUCCCGGGCAGGCUCCCCUGGGCACUGGGCCCACCUACCUGCUGGUGAUCUUGUACUGGGAGAGGUGCCUUUUGUGUCCCCAAUUAAAGGUGGAAGACCACCCUGCUAGCACCGUU